AUGCCUGUUAGAAUGUUCUCGUUUAACCAUCUGACCCAGAACUACUUAUCUAGAAGAGCAAUGAAUAAUCUUAUCAUUGAGAUAAAUAAGAAAGAGGCUUAUGCUAAGUUACCGAUCUACACAAAGUUUAUUCAAGCUUUUACGAAGAAAAAGAGGAGGUUUGGGUACCUCAUAAUUCUUUGGCUUCUCUGGUUCUAUGAUGUCCCAAAGAGAUCAAGGAACUGGGCUAUCACCAAACGUUAUAAAGUCAAGAAGAAGUAUUACAACAGAUGGAUGCAUAAGUUCAACCCUGAGAGAGUAGUCCAGAUGACUGCUCUUGAGACUUUGCACAAACCGAAGAAGAUAUCUACUGAGAACUUCGAAAAACUCGGUAAAGUCUUUAUCGAAGUUGAAAAUCAGCUUUUAUAUGGAGUCUCAAGGCAACUAAUCAUUAAUACCUUGGUUAAGUUAGAUAAGAUGGAUACUAAAUUGGCCACUAAGUUUUUAAGGGAUUCUGGCUACAAGAGAGCUAGAGCCAGGACUCUUCAUUCAUGCACCUUGAUUGAGCUCUGAGAACUUUUUGAAGCUAUCCUUGAUAAAGCAGAAAACGAAGAAGUUCAAGGCGCCAAGACCGAGGAAGGAAAGACUGAGGAGGGUAAAAUUCCAAAUGAUGCUUCUGAAGAUAGUAAAACUGAGUAUGUUAUGGUUGAGAACACAAAAAUUGAGGAUACCAGAACUCCUCAAGAGAAACAAGAUGAUCUAGUAGAAAGUUUCUGCAAGCAGCUACCACAAGAAAUUGAAGUAUUCGAAGACAACAUUGAAAGUGUUAUUGCAGAGAUGGAGAGAACAGGACAAGAAGAUAAAUCUACAGGAGGAAUCUUAUUCUAA